CAAGACAGAUUGCAUCAGCCGGAGAUGUUUUCUGCAGCCUCUUCCCACCCGAACAAAAGCAACGUUAGGGGACCGGGGCUCACCAAGACAGGAUUGCAGGCAGACAUGGUCCCGUCAGCCUGGUGGGUGUACCACUGCCACUAGUGAUGUCUGUCUGCUCAUGUGGCCUCGCCUUGCUGCAAGUGGAUCUGAGAAACUUCCAGAUGUAAAAGCCUAAAGGGAGAGAGACACAGGACUGCAGAACAGGUACGCUUGAUCCCAGAAAAAUGACAAGCCAAUCCAUGCCUGGGGUCUGCGUUAAUGCGCCAAUCAGGGCUGAAGAUCCGCAGAUGGCUCAACAAAGUGCCAUCCUACAGGGCCAGAGAAAACAUCAGGCAGGGCCACAGGGCCACCUGGACUCUGGAAAGUGGGUUGGGCUCCAGAGCCGAGGAGAAAAGGACCGGGGAGAAGCAAUGGACACCUUGGCUCAGGCUCUGCUGAGUUCCAUCGGCCAUCAGCCUUGCCCUUCCCGAAAUGACCUGGAAAAUGGAUGGUCCUCAUCGUCGUCAGAAGCAGCAGGGUUGGAGCUUCACCAGAUCCUAGUGUUAUUGCUCAGGCUCUCCAGAAGCUGCCCUUUCAGAGAGGUCAGAGAGCGAUGCUCACAAAUGCUAAAGGCUGCCCAGGACAGAGGAGUCAAAAUCCCCCGGCAGUUGGGAAGAGGCCCCAGUUCCUUCAUCCCGGUGGAAGAGAUCCUACAAGAAGGAGUAGAGAGUGCCCAGCGGCGCCUCUUCAUUGAGGCCUUUGUUUCCACAGGCAGGGUGGAUAACAUUACCAUGGUGAUGGGGCUGCAUCCUGAGUACCUGACAAGCUUCUGGAAAACUCAGUACCUCCUGCUGCGGAUGGAUGGGCCUUUGCCAUAUCACAAACGCCAUUACAUUGCCAUCAUGGCUGCUGCAAGACAUCAGUGUUCCUAUCUGGUUGGCUUCCACAUGGGGGAGUUCCUACAGGUGGGUGGGGACCCAGAGUGGCUGCGAGGCUUGCAGUAUGCCCCACAGAAACUGAGGAACCUCAACGAAAUCAACAAGAUCCUGGCCCACCGGCCCUGGUUGAUUACCAAGGAACACAUUGAGGCGCUCCUGAAGACGGGCGACAACAGUUGGUCUCUGGCAGAACUCAUCCAGGCUCUGGUGCUCCUCACACAUUACCACUCGCUUGCAUCCUUCGUCUUUGGCUGCGGCAUCAAUCUGGAGAUCGACCAGGAAGGAGGCCAUGUCUUUCGGCCGCCCUCGCCACGCAGUUGUGAUAGCAGUCCGGCCUCGGAGGAUGGAGUAAACAGUUCUAGUGGCUCAGAUGCUAUGGAGGAGGUAGAAGUGCUGAUGGAGAGAAUGAAGCUUCUGCAAGAGUGCCAGCUGGAAGAGGAGGCAGUCACCCAGGAAGAGAUGGAGACCCGCUUUGAGAUGGAAAAGAGAGAGAGUCUGCUCGUUACUCCCUCGGGUAAGACAGACAUUGCUGAACACUCCCUGCCUCCCAAUGUGAUGUGCUUUGUGGAGGACCCAGAAUUUGGAUACAAGGAUUUCACCAGGAGAGGAGAACAGACGCCCCCGACUUUCCGAGCUCAGGAUUACACCUGGGAGGACCAUGGCUACUCACUCAUCAAUCGCCUAUAUCCUGAUGUGGGGCAAUUGCUGGAUGAGAAAUUCCAGGUGGUCUACAACCUGACGUAUAACACCAUAGCCAUGCACAGUGGGGUGGACACAUCCAUGCUCCGGAGGGCCAUCUGGAAUUAUGUGCACUGUGUCUUUGGCAUUCGGUAUGAUGACUAUGAUUACAGGGAGGUGAACCAGCUCUUGGAGCGCAGCUUGAAAAUCUACAUCAAAACCGUGGCCUGCUAUCCAGAGAAAGCCACCAAGCGCAUGUACACUCACUUCUGGAGGCAUUUCAAACAUUCUGAAAAGGUGCAUAUCAACCUGCUUCUGCUGGAGGCCCGCAUGCAGGCUGCCCUGCUGUACGCCUUGCGUGCCAUCACUCGCUACAUGACCUGACGGAACUCUGCUCCCCCUAGCCGUCCCUAAGGGGGGCAGGCCAGCUGUUUUGGACAGGGGAGCCUUCCCCUCCCCACACCAAGGCGUGUUUCUGGACUACGUUGCGAAAGACACUUUUGUCACCUUGCUCCCCCUGUGACUUUUUGGAGGGCUGUGUGUGGCGUUUCUGACACUGUUCUGAGCAUCUCCUGCCAAGCGACCGGCCAAGGAGGGCGGUCCAGGAGACCAAACUCUACACGUGUGGUGAAAACCAACUUUGCCUAACCCCGGCUUUCUCGGCUGAGACUUGGGAGCUAUCCCCCUCCUGCUGUGUGGCUUGUUGGCUCUGCCACCAGCAGGGAAGAGGGGUGGUCAUGUUUGGAUGGCCAGGCUUCCGGCCUCCAUCUUGGAAGGCUCGUUUUGCCAAUGCCCUUUUGCUGGCCUGUCAUGUGUUGAAAUUGGUGGUGGCUUCCUGUUGUGGCUACUCUCAGAUACCUCCCCCUACACACCCACCCUUACCCAGUAGGUGAUUAGUGCAAUGAAUGUCGGAUCUCGUGGCCAUGUCCUUUGCAACGACAACGCUGCUGGACCAGCUGAGGCAAAGACUUGAUUAACCAAAGAGAUCUCUCUGCCGCAAUGUCGGGCUUUCCUUUCUCUACCUGCUGCAGGACUUUGAAUGUAGGACUGUGAAUGUUCGAGGAGGUCACGCUUUGGAAGGUGGGGGGAGGCCUGAGAAUAAUAUGAAACAAGCAGUUUCCCCACUGCAAUUUUGGUGACUACACUACAUUUCUUAGCUUCCUGCCUGAGAUCACUGCACUCCAUAUGGCGACCAGCUUAAAAGAGGUCACACGGGGCAAAAGAAUACCAGGUUGUGAUUAAGUUUGGCCAGAUUUUCCUUUUUCUUUUCACCUUGUCAAAAUGGGCAAAAGGCAAGGGUCUCUCCUGGCCAGGGAUGGAGAGAUCUCUCAGCUGAGGAAACCAGUUUUGGAGUACACAGAUCCUUAA